AUGGAAACUCUUCAUAACACGACCUGGGAUGUGAUAAUCUCUGGUACAGGACUUCCACAAUCACUACUUGCUCUUUCUCUCUCGCGCUCCGACAAAAGAGUCCUACACAUUGACCAGAAUGAAUUUUAUGGAGGCCCAGAAGCUGCAUUCAGCUUGCAAGAGGCAGAGACGUGGGUCAGACAGUUAAACGAUGUGUCACCCUCUCAUACGCGUACUGUUUAUUCCAGCGUCUCGUUACAACAACCUCCAAAUCAUGAUACAGAUGGACCGAAACUUUCAUUCUCUCGCGCCUACAGCUUGACUUUGUCCCCUCAAAUAAUUUACUCACGAUCAGCGCUUAUAAGUGCGCUCGUAGACUCCAAAGUAUAUAAGCAACUGGACUUCCUUGCUGUUGGCAGCUGGUGGGUUUUUUCCUCUCCCGAAGACGCAGAAUCGGUACGCGCAGGCUCUUUGCUGAAAGUACCCAAUGGAAGAGAGGACAUAUUCACGGACUCGUCACUACGGUCAAAAGACAAAAGAGCACUGAUGAAGUUCCUGAGAUUCAUGACAGACUACGAAGAACUCCACGAUAUAUGGGAACCAUAUCGCGAUCAGCCUUUCUCUGCACUUUUGAUAGAGAACUUCAAAAUGUCUCCGAAGCUACAAGAGCCUAUUUGUGCCUUGACUUUGACAUCAAUGACUCCUAAUCGGACGUCGACAGAAUAUGCCUUGCCACGCAUUGCAAGACAUCUGCGUUCUGUGGGUGUCUUCGGUCCGGGAUUUGGGGCCAUCAUACCAAAAUGGGGAGGCCUCUCCGAGGUUGCACAGGUGGGAUGUCGAGCUGGCGCUGUCGGUGGCGCGACUUAUGUCCUUGCAAAAGGCAUCGAAGGCCGGCAGUACAAAGAGCCAGAUUCCCCAGAUGGCCCAUCUGAUAUUACACUCAACCUCCGAGGAGGCGAGAGCGUCUCGACCAAGUGGCUUGUUGGGGCGCGUGACGAAGCUCUCGGUCAACCAUCUAACUCGAUGCAGCGCUCAAGGGAUUCAGCGCCAGGUCUACUGCGGUCGAUCUCCAUCGUUUCAUCACCUCUUCGUAGCUUGUUCCCUCCCCUAGGCGAGGGCUCUCCUGUCCCUGCCGCGGCUGUCGUUGUGUUCCCCACGGGCUCACUUACUAUUGAAGGGAUAUCAUCUGCAGACAUGCCUCCAGUCAACAUAUUUGUUCAUUCAAGUGAGACUGGUGAGUGUCCUACUGGACAAAGUGUUCUCUAUGCGAGUAUAUCUCCCGUCGAAUGCGAUUGCGAGGUGAUUCUCAAGCAAGCUGUGGAUACACUCCUCCUGGCUUCUCGGGAGGAACCACAACCGAAAGUACUAUGGUCGCUUCACUACAAGGUCAACCUACCGUUGCCAGAGGUAGCAGAAGUAGACAAUGGUGUCCGAGUCACGGGAAACAUUGUAGAGCUCCCUCAUACCUCUCUAGAUCUAGUGUUCGAAGACGCCGUAGUUGACCAGGUACAAGUCGCAUGGAGGCACGUCACAGGGCAACGCAAUAGUGAGUUCCUCGAUUUCGAAGAUAGAGAGGGCACGAAUGAAGAUGCCAACAACGAUUGA